CAGAGGGAAAUCAUUGAUCAGAUAGGAGGCCAAAGUAUUAUUGUUUUAGGUGAUGGCAGAAAUGACAGUCCUGGGCAUUGUGCCCAAUACUGCACGUACACAUUGAUGGACAAUUGUACCAAGGAAAUUGUAUCCAUCAUAACCAUGGACAAACGAGAAACAAGCAAGAAAAGCACAAACAUGGAAAAGGCCUGCUUUCUUAAAGCCAUGGAAGAGAUGCAAGAUACACAUAAUCUUUAUGUGGAUGAAGUAGUCACAUAUGUUCAGUUGGAAAUUGGAGCUUUGAUGAAGAAUAGAUUUCCAGAUAUUAAACAUUCACACGACAUUUGGCAUGUAGCCAAAAAUCUAGGAAAGAAAAUUGUGGCAGCAGGACAGGCCAAAGAAUGCAGAAGCCUGAUUGAUUGGAGCAAAGACAUUGUUAAUCAUUUUUGGUACACAUGUUCUUCUGCAAGGAAUAGAGACAGAUUCAUGGAAAUUUGGUGUGCAAUUGUCCACCAUGUUGUCAAUGAACAUGAGUGGGACAUGUCCUACAGCAGCAGCUACUUUGGUACCAACCAAUGUAUGCAUGGUCCCCUGCAAGACGAACAUAAAGAGUGGAUUGUUAAGGGCAGUGCAAGUCACAAGGCAUUAAUUAAGAUCGUUUUCAAUAAACGAUUCUUAAACCAGAUUCAUUACUACCUGAAUUUUAGAAGUACAGGAGAAGUAGAAAAUUUCAAUAACUUGAUCCUUAUGUACAGUGGGAAGAGGUUCGCGUACUCACCACCUGUUUACCGUGCUAGAAGCCAGCUAGCAGCUUUGGAUUACAAUGCACACAUGGACAGGGAGACAAAAAGGAAACCUGAUGGAACCAUACAACAGCACAGAACAUUCAAUAAGAAAAGUGGUAGAUGGAGUGUGACCCCUGUUAAGGUGGAAAAACGUUAUGAGCAUGUUUCCAAGCUAAUGACAAACAUAGUGGUUGCCAGGAUUUCUGAUGAAGAGGGCAUGAGUCACCCAGUUGUAUUAGGUGCUGAUAAUCCAAGAAGAUUGAGCAAAACCAUCGCUCCCACUGAACCCAAGCCAACUAAACAACUUCAGCAAGAGAAGGUAUCCAGAUUUCAGAAAUAAAAACAGUCGUCAGAAUUGAUGAUUUGAAAUCUUUUUAUAGGUUGUGCUCUUCUUUCAAUUUAAGUCGAUUGUACUAGGUCAUCUGA